CCCUCAAAUCACAAUCCGUCCGUUAUCUGGUAUGUAAGAAGAGGCGAGGAAUAGAUAGAAAUCACUAAUAAUUAUAGCUUACUUUCCACUCUUCGUCUGUCCUUUUGGUUCUGAGAAAUCCGGACACCUUAUUAUUUUCAAAUAUGGAGAAUGUAAAAGCAGAAGAGAUGCCUCGUUCAGAAUCUGUUUCGUCGCCUGUAGAUAUGGACCACAUUUCUGGUGAAGGUCAAGCAAUUUCGAUUAGUAAUGGGACAAAGCAACCUGAAAGUCAUUUGUUGGUAACAGACAGUUCUAAAUCAGCCUCUUUACAAAAUGCUUCCGGUGAUCCAGUUAGAGGACAAGAAGCCAGUAGAACAGAAAGUGCAGCUUCAACUUCGUCAGUUAAAAUUGAACAAACUGAGACAGAUCAUCAGGGUAGACUGAUGGAAGAUAUUAAGACUGGGGGAAUACAUGAUGGUUCUGAUGAACAUCCCUCUCAAAAUACUGGUUCCAAUCCAAAGGUUGGAGAUUCCAGAAAUGACCAUUUAGAACCAGCCAAAACUGCUGUUGGAUCUAUUCAUGGUGUUUCUGAUGGACAACAAUCUCAAGAAACCAAUUCUGUUGUCAGUUCUUCUCUUGUUAAUAAUGACAAUGGCGUGAUUUUACCUUCUGUUUCUACCAAUCAAUCAGAAACUAGUGAGCUUACCUUGCCCCUUUCCGAUAUUGGUACCAUUGCUGUUGGGUCCUCACCAGAUACUUCUAUUGGAUCCCCUCUUGAUAGUUCUCAUGUUCUGCUUGAUGGCGUUAUUUCAUCCUCUCCCAAGGUCAAUGACUCUAAGGCAGGAGAUGCUAAAAAUGAGGAUAAUGUAUACGAAAUCAAUGAUCUUACCCUGCCUCAUCAAAAGAUUAUCAGUUCUGCUGAAUCCCCAAAAUAUAUUGGCCCUUCACGUAAAAAGCAAAUUGAUUUAAAUAGAGGUCUCAUUGAUACAGCUGCACCUUUUGAAUCUGUUAAAGAAGCUGUUUCUAAGUUCGGAGGAAUUGUUGAUUGGAAAGCUCAUAGAAUGCAAACUUUGGAGAGACGCAAGCUUGUGGAACAAGAGUUUGUAAAAGUACAGGAAGAGAUGCCUGAAUAUAAAAAACGGUCAGAGGAUGCUGAAGAGGCAAAAAUGAAAGUAUUAAAGGAGCUCGAUAGCACAAAGAGACUAAUAGAAGAGCUCAAGCUAAACCUGGAGAGAGCACAAACUGAAGAAAAUCAGGCAAAACAAGACUCUGAACUAGCCAAGCUUAGGGUGGAGGAGAUGGAACAAGGGAUUGCUGAUGAGGCUAGUGUUGCAGCAAAGACACAGCUUGAGGUUGCUAAAGCCAGGCAUGCAGCUGCAGUUUCGGAACUGAAAUCCGUUAAAGAAGAGUUGGAAACAUUAAAAAAGGAAUAUGCUUCUUUGAUGAAUGACAGAGAUAUUGCCAUUAAGAAAGCUGAAGAGGCUGUUUCUGCUUCAAAGGAGGUUGACAAGACAGUGGAAGAAUUGACUAUUGAGCUGAUUGCCACAAAGGAGUCCUUAGAGUCCGCACAUGCUGCCCAUUUAGAAGCAGAAGAGAAAAGGAUUGGAGCAGCAAUGGCCCGAGACCAAGAUACUCACCAUUGGGAAAAGGAACUAAAACAGGUUGAAGAGGAGCUCCAAAGACUCAAUCAGCAAAUUCAUUCAGCCAAGGAUCUAAAAUCAAAGCUAGACACUGCUUCAGCCCUGCUACUUGAUUUAAAAGCUGAGUUAGCUUCUUAUAUGGAAUCUACACUUAAGGAGGAAACUGAUGGACACCACAAUACUGAGUCACAGGCAUCAGAGACAAGAACUCACACUGAUGCACAAGCUUCCGUUGCUUCAUUAAAGAAGGAACUUGAAGACGUGAAGGUCAAUAUAGAAAAAGCAACUGCAGAAGUGGAUUGUUUGAAGGUGGCUGCUAUUUCAUUAAAAUCAGAGCUUGACAAGGAAAAAUCUGAUCUUGCGAACACUAAGCAGAGAGAAGGCAUGGCUUCAAUUGCAGUUGCUUCUUUGGAAGCUGAGCUGGAGAAGACUCGAUCAGAAAUAGCAGUAGUCCAGAUGAAGGAAAAAGAGGCCAGAGAAAAAAUGGUGGAGCUCCCCAAACAACUGCAGCAGGCAGCACAAGUGGCUGAUGAGGCCAAGUCACUUGCUGAAAUGGCUCGUGAAGAUCUGCGCAAAGCAAAAGAAGAAGCAGCGCAAGCAAAGGCUGGAGCAAGUACCAUGGAGAGUCGAUUACUUGCAGCUCAAAAAGAGAUAGAGGCUGCCCGGGCUUCAGAGAAGUUAGCUUUAGCUGCAAUCAAAGCGUUGCAAGAGAGCGAAUCGGCUAAAAGCAUUGAUAAUGUUGACUCACCAGCUGGUGUAACACUUUCCUUAGAGGAGUAUUAUGAUCUUAGUAAACGUGCAAAUGAGGCAGAGGAGCAGGCCAACAUGAGGGUUGCAGCAGCUAUUUCUCAAAUUGAGGUAGCUAAGCAAUCUGAGUCAAGAAGCUUGGGUAAGCUGGAAGAAGUGACCCGAGAGAUGGCUGAAAGAAAGCAAGCACUAAUUGCUAUGGAGAAGGCUGAGAAGGCCAAGGAAGGGAAGUUAGGUAUUGAGCAGGAAUUGAGAAGGUGGAGGGCUGAACAUGAGCAGCGGCGUAAGGCUACUGAAUUGAAUCAUGGAGAAAACCCUCCAAGGGCAAGCUCUGAGGGAAAGAAAGAAACAAAGAACUUUGAACCUGUACCUGCUGCUCCUACUCUGGCCGAUACCCUAGCAAGCCCAAAGGCAUAUGAUCACGGGAGCACCACAGAAACUGAAUCAUCCCCGGAACCGAAGGUUGUAAAGAAAAAGAAAAAGUCAUUGUUCCCGAAGAUUUUAAUGUUUUUGUCCAGGAAGAAGUCAAGUUCAUCCAAGUCCCACGUAAGUAGUCAAUGACGUGCUGAGGUAUAUUUGUUGUUGUGAUUUUGCCUCCCUUUUUCUUGGGUUGUCACAGUGUCCAUAAAUGUUCAAUAAGAUUUGACAGAUUUUUACUCAUUGAGUGUAAAUUCUAGUGAUUUAUUUGAUGUAUGAUAAAGUUGAGAACAUAUUUUUGCAUACUGGAAGGUUGUAUGGUUCUGUAUAGGCUUUCAGACGCUUGGACGUCAACUCUUGUAGAAGUGAUGUUUGUUAUGAGGACAGAAUUUGGUUUGUUAUUCA